AAGGUCCUCCCAUCCACCUAUCCAUUUAUCCUUGCAUCAAAACAAAGAGGGAAGACCAAACCUCCCUAAGCUUUCUUUCUUCUUCGAACUUCCCUCUAGCCCUUUCUUUGCUGCUACCUCUCUUUCUUUCCCAGUUCUCUCUCUAACACGCUCUAUGUCUGGGGAGAAGAGAGAGCUCUACCACCAUGAACACCACUUCCAUGAUGAUCUCUCGCCGUUUUUCUCCCAGAGGCCUGGCCCGGGUGCACUGCAAGAGUUACAAGGCUUCCAUCUGCAAGCAGCAUCACCAUACAUCAGCUUCACCGACUACCUGAGUGGCUCGUCGGAUUAUGGCUUGCUUACCAAGACCUUUGAUACGUCGUACUCAUCGCCUGAGCUGUUCGCUCCCCGCGACGGGGGGUUGGUGAAGCGAGAAUUGGUGGCGGAUACUAAUAUUGGUCCUAAUUUGAAUGUUUCUGCUGGGGGUGGUGAUGGGAGCACGACGCCGCUCACUCCCAACUCUUCGUUCUCUUCGUCGUCCACUGAGGCAGCAGGUGAAGAGGACUCCGGACGGUGUAAGAAGGAUCGGCAGAAGGUGGUGGAGGAGGAGAAGCAGCAGCUUAAAGGGAGCGAGGAAGGGGGUGACAAGUCUAAGAAAGUGAGCAGACCAAGGAAGAAGGCAGAGAAGAGACAAAGGCAGCCACGCUUCGCUUUCAUGACAAAAAGUGAAGUAGAUCAUCUUGAAGAUGGAUAUCGGUGGAGAAAGUAUGGCCAGAAGGCAGUGAAGAAUAGCCCUUAUCCAAGGAGCUAUUAUCGGUGCACGACACAGAAGUGCUCAGUGAAGAAGAGGGUGGAGAGAUCAUAUGAAGAUCCGACAAUCGUGAUCACAACGUACGAAGGUCAGCAUACACAUCAGAGCCCUGCAACCAUUCGAGGGAGCACACACAUCUUAGCGCCUCCACCAACAGUGCCGACGAGCUUCCGCCAAGACUUUCUGAUGCACCAAAUGCCUCAACUGAGCGCUAGAAGCCAGCAAGGGGAAGCAAACCCUAGCAUGUAUCUGCCAACCUUACCUCCUCUUCAGCAUCCACAGUUCCCCGACUACGGUCUCCUGCAAGACAUUGUUCCGGCCUUCAUCCACAACAAGCAGCCAUGAUUACACUUCAUCCCACCUUCUGCUUGCUUGUCACACUUAUCUCUAGGCCUCUACGCUUGUUGUACAUGUACCUAAUUCUAAGAGUAUGUAUGGACUUACCUAGUAUGGUAUAGAUGGAGCAAUGAAUUUAUCUAUUUGACUGAUUCAA